AUGUCUCGCAGCCUUCUCCCUUCGCUCGCGCUCCUUCUCCUGGUAUCAUCAAUGGUGCCGAUCUCAGAAGCGCACGAGGGCCACGACAGGGAGGGUCCGUUAGGGGAUGGAUGCAGCUCGAGCGAAGAUGCUCGUGUGGUGGCAGAGUUUCGGCCCGGCGUCGUCACGGUCGACGGUCGCGGGGACGAGUGGGCUGAAGCUGACGGGUUCGAAUUUUCCCUGCUCCCAGCUCUCGACUUUGAUCGGGAUAAGGAAUUUUCUGGCGGUAAGAUGGCCGUCAAGGUAUGGCAGUUAUUUUCUUCUAUAUGGAAUGAGCUUAACUUAGGAUUCCCUUCAAUCGAGGAAACUUAGGUGCAUAUGAUCUGAAGCUAAUUAUUUUCUCUUGUGAAAUUCCGUCUCCAAGACCUACAGAGGAUAUGUUAGGUCGUCAAGCUGUUGACAGUUGUGUGAUGUUCCAAGAAGAUUCUUUUGAGCAUUAGCCAUUCUGUAUUAUGCUAUUAACAACAAUACGCAUCUAAAUGCAUCAGAAAUCUAGAUCAGGAAGGCUGUCGUGCCAUCCUAAGUUCAUCCCAUUCCCUUAGAUAUCCCAAUGUAGCAAAUACUGAACUACCGAAUUCCCAGCAUCAAUAUCCAUUGUGUUCAAUGUCACAUAAAGACAAAAUUAUUUGGCAAUACCGUGCUCCGAAUGGAAACCAAUAAUUCUCUCGAUAUUAUUACCAGGCUCAGGAUAAGAUUAAUGUGUAAUGUGUUCUAAAAUUUUCCAAAAUUUUGUGUUUAAAACAUUUAAAUUGUGAUAUUUUCUCAAUUAACUUUUUCACAGGCUUUGCAUGACGGAAACAAUGCAUAUUUCUUGCUAAGAGUUGAAGGCGAUUAUGUAUACACAAAAGGGUAAGUUCUUUUGGUUUUGUCUUGAUGACUAUCUGUUCAGGAUUGUUUUUAUUUAAUGUUUUAAUGAAUAUUUGAAUUUUUCUUUAUAAGAUAAGGAAAGAAAAAAUGAUAUUACGUAAAUGAUUUUGGAAAAAUGAUUUUUUAUGGAACAUCAAUGAUUUACCUCUGUUUUUUAUCAAUUUAUUAUUUAUUAUAAAAUAUUUUUUUUGUAUUUAAAUCGUUUACCAUGCGAAGUUCACUUAUUUUUCUUUUUAUUUACUUCAAAAAUAUUUUGGAAAACAUUGAUAUGAUUGAUUAUUACUUGUUUGCAUCUUGAAGAGCUUGUCUGCACUUUUUUAAUCGUCCGAUAUCACCUGUACAAAAAUGGGGUCUUUUUCCUGGUGUGCAUAUGUUGACCUUUCCAGCCUUUUGAAAAUAUUGUUCAUACUUGUCAACUCUAAGUCAUCAAAUGGUGCUUUAUAAUUUUGCUUCCUUUAUCAUAAACUCAUACUGCUCUUCAAUUUUUGGUCUUAUCUGGAAAAGCAGUGACGGUUAUAAAUGUCCUUCUGUUGCACUUAUGUUCCAAAUUGGCGAAAAUGCGACAUACAGUAGUGUAAGCCAGUGAAUACCUUGGCCUUCAUGUUCGUAGUUUCAACUUUGUUCACUCUAUGGUAACUCAAAGGUUUUCCUGCACAAUGUCGUUUUCUUAGAUGGGAGGAUGCCGAAAGUUUGGAACUGAAUGCAACAGCAGAAGCUGUCAAGGCCAUGAGGUGGACAUUAUGCACUUUUCAAUUGGAAAUGCUAUUCCUGGGCGGUUGUAUGGCAGCAAUCCAAUUGACAACCAAGAGGCAACUGGAGAUGAUAGGUGACCUAUUUGUUUUUGCUUUACAUGUCAGCAACAAAUUUAUUAAUCUAACUUUUCCUUGUAUCAUUUUUUAUUAAUUGUGUAGGUUUGGCAAUUUGGUUGAUCUCUAUGCCUGGAAUCCUCACUGCCAAUUCCUUGAUGGAAAGGGGCCACUAGGUAAUCUAUGGUCUCAAAUGGCCAGUUGCUUCUCAUCGAAAUGAAUAAUUAUUGCCUUGAUUCAAAUAACUGUUGCCUAAACCGUUUGUGUCAUUUUGAACUUGUUUAGGUAAAACAAUAAGAUUUUUAAUUUGAUAACUACGACCUCUUUGUAUAGUUGGAGAACACGAUGAUUAUUUCUUUAUUCCCGGUCCUCAACCCAAAUUGAACGGAUGAUAUUUAAUUAUCUUAUAUUUUCUAUUCGUUAUUCGGCCAUAUGUUCAUCUGUAGCGCAUCCCAUCUUGAAAAUAUUGCUAACUUAAUUUCUUGUUUCGAAUAUGUUAUCUGCCCAGAUUGGGUAGGUCUAGUUUAGUUGACAUUGAAUUUGCAAUAGGAUCUAAGGGAAAUUCCAAUCUGUCACUCUUUGAUAAGAUUUUUAACUAUUUCUUUGUUUGGAUGGUGGUGUGGGGUGGGCUGUUUUCUGUAUCAUUAAGGUCAAAACAGCAUCUGCAUUGCAUCUUCUAUUGUUUUUAUUUUUUACCUUGGGUUAAAUAAUGAGAGAUUUGUCAUCCCAUUUGAUCCGAAUUACAGUCAAACAUCUAAACAUGCCAAUGACUCUUACUUUAGUUUGAGAAAUAGCCAAAUUGAUCAUGCCAACUGGAAUGUCUCAGACAGUUUCCUGAUAUCUGGUACUUUUAUGGUUAUUCUUAAUUUCUUGUAGUGCCAGUUAUUAGUUGACUACUUUAUUAUGGUGUCUGCUGGUCUAGAUUAAAAGUAGACCACUUAUAUCUCUAAAACUAAUUCUGAAAUCAAUAUGAUUUAUAACGGUCAAUUGAGUUAAUUGAUAAGGACUGGGUUUCCGAAAUUUCAGAUUCAAACAUGGUUACACAAUAUGACAUUUGCUGUAUCUUGCUGAUGGGCCAUUUUCUUGUCUUAUAUCAUAUACAGCAGAGCUGGUAAUCUUCUGCUUGCUUGUGUCUCAAGCAUUAACGUUGGUUGGGAAAAUGUUUCCUUUGGAAGGGGACCACAUAGUUAACUGCGAAAUAUCACUGGUCUUUAGCCAUAUUUCUAGAGGUUAUAAAAAUCAUGCAAUUAGGUAGAGCGAGAUGUUUUGGGUUUUUUGAUUUCAGACUUCAAAGCCAACGUCCACAGUGCAAUGUUGAAUGUUUAAUAAUGGUGGCUGUGGUUGAUGAAAUUGCCUUCUUUUUUACGUCGUAGCUUAUUUUCGUAAGAAUUCAGUGAGAUUGUGAGUGCUGAUUUUCCAUAUUUGACCGAAACAUAUCCGAAUAUUUUCUUGAAGAGGCAUGAUAAACAAAAAAAAUUGGUAGAACAAGAAGAAUAUCAUCGCUUGGAAAAAGGAGGUAGGAUACAGUUCCUUGAAUGAUAGACUGAUUGACGUAUCCAGUGGAUUAUCUCUGGGAGAUUAUGGGAUUAUGGGAAGCAAGAUUAACCUUCAUUGACAGGACUCGGGAUUCCACUCAUCUAGGAGGAAUACACUGUAUGCACUUCGUACGUAUGACUGAAAAGUAUCUCUAUUCUCAUGAACAUUUAACAAUAACAAUCAGAUUGAGGCAGAAGAGCCGAGGAUUGAAAAAUGGAUAUCUUAAACGUGAUUACUAUUCCUAGGAACACAUUAUCAGGUUGGCAAGUAGAAAGAAUGAUCCUAUUGAGGCUACUGGUGAUCAUCGGGUUGAAUUAGUAGGCCUAAGUAUUUCACAUAGCAUUCACACAUUCAAGGAGCUAAGGAAACGUGAUAUCUUUGAAUAUUUUGGGGUUGCAUGCAUUAUCCUUUUGCACGCUUUUUGGUGACCAUAGCAGGGUUUCUCCUUCAUUGAGAGAACAAUUUAGACAUUUGUUAAUAUCAUAUGAUACCCUUUUAUUCUUUUCCAUUAGUAGUUCUUAUGUUGUACUAUCCACUUUCGCAAAGAGAAACAAAGAAAAGGAGGCAAGGAAAUGACUACUUGUAGGACCUACCAAGUAGAUGCUGUGAGGCCUCUUAGAAGCACGGAGAGAAACAACUCAAUGAUUCCACAUCGUUCAGUCCGUUGAUUCCAUUGACAACUGUACAAGUUGGGUUAUAGUGUCUCCAGUUCCACGAACUCAUUGCUUUGGUUGUGUUCUUGCCAAAGCAGAAGUCUAGGGUUCUUAGUUAGAUGAUGAUAAUUUGAAGAGAAUGAAGUUCUGACUGGUAUUAAUAUUUGCAUAUUUUCUGGGAAAUGAGAUACUCACUCCUCUCUUAAUCCUAGGAUUAAUUUGACAGUCUUUCGUUUCGUAAAUGUAAGAAAAAAUGGAAUGAUACGUUUAGUGUGAGCCUGUGUUUGUGUUGAAGUUUUCUUCGGUUUCUUCUAUAUAAUGACUAAUAUUGCAUGCCUUCUUCCUUUGAAAGUUUAUUUAUUUUCUUCAUUUGAUCAACAUGAAUCAUUUUUAUGAGGUGUCUGCUUUACAUAGUGGUUCUCUAAUGGCAUCUAAUGGCAUUCGAUCGCUAUACCAUGUCAAGGAUCCCUUUGAUUUUCAGUUACGUUCUAAUGCCCUUGUUAUUUCCAAUUCAUUUUUUUCAUUGCAAAGUAAUGUACGUAGAGUUUUUGGUCUCCCAUUGUUGGGGUAUUACCUUCGAUGGUACUUAUUAACUCAAUGUGGCUUUUUUCUUAGGAAAUGAUUCUAGUGCACAGAAUGAUUGGCAAGGGGCUUGGUGGCACAGCUCCUUAACAUCACAUUCAGGUACACCCACGUCUUACGUUUGUUCUGUUUUUCAUGUGUUUGUUGAUGCUUGAUGAAGGGCUGGAACUCCUGAGAAGGGAGAUGAGGUCUCUUUUGACUGGUCCUCUCCCACAUUCACACGCACCCCACUUGACUCUCCUUAAUUGGAACCGCUAGAAACCAUCCGCACAAACGAAGAUAUGCCUCUAUUACAUGCACCUGUGUAUCUUAUAACAAUAGUAAAAGAGGGAGAGAAAAAUCAUAAGAGGGCACGCAUAACUGGAUCUCGUAGGGAGGAAAUCCUUCCUGGUUCAUAUUAGGCAUUAAGAGCUGAUAGAUGGAUCUGGAAAGAGUAGACUCUUCUCCACUCUCUACUUCAAGCAGCAGGUACAUGUCGCCCAUGUUCAGUGUAUUUUUGCUGGCUUGAUGGGAUUGGUUCUGAGACCAGCUCAAAGCAUCAGGCACUUGGUCAAACACCUGAGGGUAUUCUCUUGCUCAGUAUCUCCCUAGAUAAGUCUUUGUCAAUCUUUUUUUGUUUUAGGUAAUUAUCAAACAAGGCCAAAAACUCCAGGGUUUAUAGCAGGAAUUUUCUUUUUUCUAUUCUCGUACAUUUUCGUUGUCCACAUCAGCUGGCUUAGCAUGUAGAUUGGAAAAUUCAGAAGAGAAAGAAGUCAUUGGAUUCUAAUCAUGGAUGACAUUAGAAAGAUAGAUGACGUACUAACCAUCCACUACUGUGUCAAGUUUCCCAAUCCGAUUAUUGAACUUGAUGUGAACAAAUUUGAGGUAAUGAUUUUGAUAUCCUGGGCUAAUUGGAAUUGAAACACUGUCUAUCGCGAGGGAUUUUGAUAUGUGUAAUUUUGCAUGUUGAACGAUCUGUAAACCACAGAUGGGCAUUAGGCCAAGUUUCUUACAUGAUAUUUAAUUUAGUUCGUCGCCAUCUCCAUGAAGGAAGAUGGUUUCCUUUGGCAUUUGUAAUUUUGUGGGAGCUCUUCUGUGUGUAGCCCUAAUGAUGCCCAUCUAUCUACCCUUCUUAUUCCUUUUGUGAUAGGAGCUUAGGUGGUGUUAGAAAUUUGGAUAUGUAUACUUUAUAGCUAUUUUCCAAUCUUCCUCAAGUCCUCCUGCACUGCCAGGUUUCGUUGAGAAAGACAGCCCGUACUCCUCAGAUGGCCAAAAAGGCACCUACUAUUUUGAAUUCUCAAGGCCUCUGAGAACAGUGGACAGGCUCCAACAGGUACUUCUGUGCACCUCCUUCUUAGACAAGAAAUCCACAAAUGGGCUUCCCAUAAAGAAACUCGCUGAGGCAUUGUCUAUUUUUGGAAUCCAGGAUGUGCAGUUCACAAUUGGCCAGUCAACGAAGAUGGCCGUCGCCUUCUGGUACCCAUCCGAGGGGAAGGCAUGGGGUAAGUCUGAUCACUACUCGGUGAGCUGCGACUGGAUGCCCAUGGAGUUUGUAUCCGCUUCUAGUAUCUAUGCGACCUCAAGAGGCGCUUGGGAUGCUACCAGUGCCUUCUCCUUGAUCCUCUCAGUGGUGGCAUUCUGUAUCUCCAUCUAUGUUGCAUACUGGCUUUCCAUGGCCAAGUCUGUCCCCUUCACUCCCAUUGACAGGCUUUGA